GGGCUCUAUGGAGGUUACAUCACACGCAAGCAGGUGAAGACUUGGUACCCCACUCUCAACAAGCCGUCAUGGCGGCCACCCAAUGCUGCGUUCCCUAUAGUGUGGACCACCCUCUACACAGGCAUGGGGUGAGUGUCAGACAGCAUACUCUGCCAGGUUGAAUACAUACUCUGCCAGGUUGAAAACAAUCACCUAAGCCCCUUCUGUGUUUUCAGAUUGUAAUUGCUGUAAGGCAACCAAUAUGAUACUGUAAAGCGACACGAUCUAUACUGAACAAAGAUAUAAACGCAACAUUUAACGAUUUUACUGAGUUACAGUUCAUAUAAGGAAAUCAGUCAAUUGAAAUAAAUUCAUUAGGCACUAAUCUAUGGAUUUCACAUGAUUGGACAAGGGCGCACCCACUGGGGAGCCAGGCCCAGCCAAACAUAAUUAGUUUUUCCCCACAAAAGGGCUUUAUUACAGACAGAAAUACUCCUCAGUUUCAUCAGCUGUCCAGGUGGCUGGUCUCAGGAGGUCCUGGGCUGGCGUGGUAACAUGUGGUCUGCGGUUGUGAGGCUGGUUGAAUGUACUGCCAAAUUCUCUAAAACGAUGUUGGAGGUGGCUUAUGGUAGAGAAAUGAACAUUCAAUUCUCUGGCAACAGCUCUGGUGGACAUUCCUGCAGUCAGCAUGCCAAUUGCACGCUCAUUCAAAACUUGAGACAUCUGUGGCAUUGUGUUGUGUGACAACUGCACAUUUUAGAGUGGCCUUUUAUUGUCCCCAGCAGAAGGUGCACCUGUGUAAUGAUCAUGCUGUUUAAUCAGCUUCUUGAUAUGCCACACCUGUCAGGUGGAUGGAUUAUCUUGAUAUGGAGAAAUGCUCACUAACAGGGAUGUAAACAAAUUGGGGCACAAAAUUAGAGAAAUAAGCUUUUUGUGCGUAUGGAACAUUUCUGGGAUCUUUUAUUUCAGCUCAUGAAACAUGGGACCAACACUUUACAGGUUGCGUUUAUAUUUUUGUUCAGUAUAGAUUCUACAUAAUGUAUUUUGUUUCCCAACUGAAUGUGGUGGAAAUCUGAUCCACACACUUCAUUCAAAAAAACAUGUUCCCAUUAAAUGGAUCAUGAAAUUUGGAACUGACUUGCAUCUUAUUUUUGACGAUCACCCUGCUAGGUAUGGCUCCUACUUGGUGUGGAAGGAGUGUGGGGGAUUCACUAAGGAUGCUGUGGCACCUUUGGGACUCUACGGGUUGCAGCUGUCUCUCAACUGGGCCUGGACUCCCAUCUUCUUUGGCGCACACAAGUUGAAAAUGGUGAGCUCUCAGAUAAUGCAACAGUUGUGGGCUGGUCAUAAGGACUCAUGGCUUCAGGUUUUGGGAUAAUGGGGAGUUGGUGCAUAAAAACAAAAAAAGAUCAGUACACUCAAUGAGAAUUUCUCUGAAUAUUAUUUUUGCCAAUAGGUGAUCCGUAGACACAUUCCAUUGUAAAAACCACCUCCAUUCUGCUACAGUGAGUGUGACAUGACACAUGAGCCAUUUUGUGUUGUCUCUCCCCCAGGCACUCAUAGAGAUAGUGAUACUGACUGGUGCUGUUGGAGCCACCAUGGCAUCCUGGUAUCCGGUCAAUCACACUGCCAGCCUGCUCCUGACACCCUACCUGGCAUGGCUAUGCCUGGCCACCUCCCUCAACUACUGCAUCUGGAGAGAUAACCCGGAUGACAAUGGAAAGGAGGAG